CCAAGGUUAGAAGUGCUCCUCCUCUCCUUCAGCACUGACGUUUGGGGCGUGGCUUGUGUUGUAGGACAUUUUCGGCUCAACUCAGCACAAGUCGCACUUUCUGUAUUAUCAAAAACAUAAAAAUCGCAGGGCUGAAGAGACAUUUAACGGGAUUCAAAUCUAAAAGAAAAACAUGGCUGCUUAUGAUUUUAAUUUCCUGCUGGCGACUGACUCCUACAAGCUGCCAGUGGGCCCACCCCCUGCUCAGCUGUGUGAUCUGAUGAGCAUUUAUAAAUGCAUCUCAACAAUUCCUGUGGUAACUUUCUCUCCACGUCAGUCUGUCCAGAUCACACAUUACAAACAGUACCCUCCAGACAUCAGUAAAGUGUAUUCUUACUUUGAGUGCCGCAGAAGAAAAGGAGACCGGUUCAAAGAGGUUGUGUUUUUCGGCCUGCAGUAUCUUCUGAAGAAGUAUCUUUCAGGUCAGGUUGUAACAGAAGAAAAGAUUCAGCAGGCGAAACUGAUUUAUCAGUUGCAUUUUAAACAAUCCAUUUUUGACGAAGAAGGCUGGAGAAGAAUUCUAGAGAAACACGACGGUCGCCUUCCAAUCCGUAUCAAAGCCAUUCCUGAAGGAAGGAUCAUUCCCCGUGGGAACGUCCUCUUCACAGUGGAGAACACAGACCCUGAGUUCUUCUGGCUCACCAACUAUAUUGAGACUAUGCUAGUCCAGAUGUGGUAUCCCAUCACUGUGGCAACCAUUUCUUGGGAGUUUAAGAAGAUCUUGGCAAAGUAUUUGAAGGAGACUUCAGGAAGCCUGGACGGGCUGGAGUAUAAACUACAUGAUUUCGGCUACAGGGGUGUUUCUUCUCAAGAGUCCGCCGCCCUGGGUGGUGCAGCCCAUCUUGUCAAUUUCUGCAGCACGGACACAGUGGCAGGUCUCCUCAUGGCUCAGCAGUACUACAGCUGCCCCAUGGCGGGUUUCUCAAUCCCAGCAGCAGAACACAGCACCAUCAUCUCAUGGGGCAGAAACCGGGAGAAGGAAGCCUUUGAAUAUUUGCUGGAACAAUUCCCUUCCAGUCCCAUCUCCGUUGUCAGUGACAGUUAUGACAUUUUCAAGGCCUGCAAACACAUCUGGGGGGACAAGCUGAAGGAGCGUGUCAUGGAGCGGAAGGAAGGCUCAACGGUGGUUAUUAGACCUGAUUCAGGGGAUCCACAAGAGACUGUUGUUGAGGUGUUAAGGAUUUUGGAAGAGUCCUUUGGAAGUUCAUUGAAUUCAGUUGGCUACAAACUGCUUCCCUCCUGCAUCCGAAUCAUACAAGGAGAUGGAAUAGAUAUUCACUCCAUUGAAGAGAUUCUAAAAAAACUGAAAGAUGAGGGCUGGAGCUCAGAAAACCUCAUCUUUGGCUGUGGCAGCGCUCUGUUACAGAAGAUUAACAGGGACACUCUGAACUGCGCCUUUAAAUGCAGCUAUGUUGAAACCAAAGGAAAAGGGAUGGAUGUGUAUAAGCAGCCAGCCACGGACCCAUCCAAAGGUUCAAAGAGAGGUCGGCUGUCUUUAAGGAGAAACUCAAAUGGGUUUAUAGAAACCAUAGAGCGAGGGAAUGGAAAGCCUGAGGAGGACAUGUUGGUCACGGUUUUUGAGAACGGGACCAUUGUUCAAGAAUACUCGCUGGAAGAAAUCCGAAAGAAUGCCAGGUUAUGGGAGGAGGACUUGGCACAGCUGCAGCAUAAUGAAGAUGCUUUGAAUAGGGAUGCGCCACAUGUUCAAUGCAUAAUGAAUGGGGUGCACUGAACAUGUGCAGUUGCACAUUAUAUCUGACAUGUUUCUAGUAGGGACCAAUGAAGUAUACGAUUCUGUUUCAAAGGGGGCGAGAUCUAUAUGUGUACUUGAUUACUUUGUAGGACAGUUGUUCCGAUGUUGAGGAUAAUUCAUUGAUCUGUACUAAACCCAAUCCCAUUUAUUCCUCACAACACACUGUUUACACUAUCACAAUCUAGAUUUAUGUUUAAAAGUUUAGUUUUUAUUAAAGUGUGCUUAACUGGUAUACCGGUUCACCUCAGGCAUUGAUCUGAUAAUUUAAAAUGUGUGUGAGAGAGACUCACUUACAUACUCCAGAUAUAUGGGCAAUUGACAUAACAUCAGGAUUUCUCUUUCUGGGGUUUUGUUGAGUUUCAUGGUACUCAACAUGCAUUUGUGUUAAUAAGGUCUAGAUGGAAUAACUUUUUUGUAUUCAGCGCUGCAGGUUGGAUAACAACGCUCUUGCCCCUUCAGUUAUUCGGACAGCUUUGUUUGUGGAAUAACUACGUUCCACACAGUAGGUGACUAUUCAUAUAAAUAACCCAUAACAAUCCUAUUAAGCAUUUAUCACUUCCUGUUGUCCGGUUUUAACGAACAGUAGCCAUGUUGCCUUUUAUUUGACCCUCCUGAAGGGUAGUGGGUGCAUAAAUUACAUUUGGAAAGUGUGUGUUUUAAGGUACAGUGUAGGAUUUCAACUUUAUAAAUCUGCAGUAAAAAAUGCUGCUCACUGAUUAAAUGUAAUAUUUUGUACAGGAAAGCCAUAUUUUUGUUUUGGUUGAGACACAUUGUGCAACAGCCUCUUGUAUUUUUAAAUGAGAUCAAUAAUGAAAUGUAUUUUUUUUUAUGCUGCUGUUCUAUAUUUUAGUUUUGAAAUGAAUAGGUCUUCCUCUUUCUUAAAUACAUUGGUUUGUGGGGGAUUGAUUUUAUGUUUUUCAAUAUAUUUGUGAAUUAUACACUGCUCAGGAUCCUUCAGCCAAUCAGAGCACACACUUCACCUAUAUUCUACAACACAGAGAAACCGUAUGCCUGUCACCUGCUUAAAAAAAAAAUCCCAGCAUUUUGGGAUCCCAGUAUGUAUUUGAUUCUUUGUAUAUUAACGUGCAUUUCUAGAGUACUUCCUUCUUCAAAUUGCUCUUUUAUACAGAUCCACCAAAAUAUUUCACUUUUGAAAAACAAUCCACCAGAUUAAAGUUUUCUGUUUGACUCAAGGUGGAUUUCCCCAAGGCCUGUACUAUGACAGAAGGGUAACCUUUUUGCAUUCUUGAGUGUCCUAUACCUGAAUCCGGUCCUGUUUCUUACAUUUUAAAUAAGGGCUCCAAGUAAAGAAGACAGAACUCAGAUGUUACUUGAAGGUGGACUGUCUUUGGAGCUUAGUUUUGAAGUUAUUUUUCCUGAGCACAAUAUACUGCAUCUUUAUUGAAAGGGAAUUUGGGAUGUAAGAAGUGUUGAGCAGGGCUGGCAGUUGGCUUUUGAAAAUCUCCUGCCGGGAGUCUGACGAACUAAAGGAUUCACUGAGCAAGUGGUGGUGAAUUAUUUGAAGAACUUUUGAUCUAUGGAGAAGUAAGGCAUUGAAGGAUAAGCAUGUAGAGUGUGCAUUAAAUAGUCCAUAAAUUACAUCUUGGUUUAAGAGUCGUUAGAUAGCCCUUUGAUUGUCUCUUCAGGCUCUUGAUGUAUCUAUUAGAUUCUGUCUUUCUGUAUUCUGGUGUAACUGCUUGUCUGUUAAUGCCCUUGAAGUUAGUUUAUGAAAUGGAUAUGGCUUUUUGAUUCAGAGUGAUUUACAUGUGAGCAGUAAUGGGUAUAAGAAUAUAACAUUCUGUUUGUUUGUUUUUUUCUUAUUUAACUGUGUAAUCAAUCACAAAAAAACAAACAAAAAAAACUAAACAUUUUACACCAUUAAUAGAUCAUAAAAUACCUGGAAUUUUGAGAUACAUGGAGUGAAAAAGUAUUUGUUAAAUAGCUGUAAUAGUAUUUUAUAUUUACAUUCUAAUUUAAAUAUGCUUUUUAUUCAUUUCUUGGAUUCAUUUCUUUUGGUCAAAGAAAGAAGUACAGGGCUAGUAUAAAAGUCACCUGGCUUUAGGUAAUCAUGUGGGUUAUCUAGCAAAAGGGGUGGAUUUUCACCCUGGCACAGAACAAGACAUGGUGAAAGCAGUAAUGCAAUAAUUAUGCUGUUGAUGCCUGCAGGUAUACUGUAUGUGCAGAUCACGUGGUUAAUUAAUGACAGAAUAAGCAGCUAUAAAGCUGUGUGUUUGAGGGUUUGUAUCUUUUGAUUCAGCCUCGUUAAACCAGGAGUUAUUGGAGUUGUGAACCCAGAAGAUAGUCAGUUAACUAAAUGAUAUGUUUAUUUGUUUGUUGCACCAUUGCGUUUGCGCUCCAAGAUGCAUCAUCUAAGCCACAGCAAGUGUGGAUAUACCCCAAGCGACAAGGAUGUACCACCUGCUAGUAAACAUAGCCCAUCGGCUAACUACAUUAUUUCGGUAUUUACAGUAUAACCAUAUACAGCUAACAAAUAAAAUGCAAAUAUAUAGCCGAUUCUUCCAGACUUUUCAGUGACUUGUGUCAAGUUUUUUAGCCUUCAGAUAAGCUGGGUCUUUGCUCUUGCUGUUAUCAUGUUCAGUUGAGGGCGAUUAAUGAGGAAGUCAAGUGCUGAUCAUUGGAAAGUGUCUGUAGAGCGGCUUCAAGCACAGUGUUUCAGGGGUUUUUUUUUUUUCUUUUUUUAAUUGAAUAGCCAUCAUAUUGCUGAAUAUAGUUCUUGUUUCAGUUUUAGACAGCACUGCCAUCCUUCUACUGUAACAAACUUCUUUUUAAAUGUCAUUUUAGUAUAGUUCUAAAAUAGUAGUAUUUGUGACAUUU